GUUUGGGUAAUAGUAUUGCUGUACGUCUUAUUUCCAGUAAUACUAGUGAAUCUCGACAAAGCUUUAAAAAAACUUAAAGUUGGUGAAUUUGGUUGCGGUUUGUUCUCGAAGGUUGAGCGCUCUUGA